UAUUCAUGUGAUUGAACGUCGUGCUCUUCCUGAAUUCUUCAAUGGAAAAAACAAGUCCAAGACACCAGAAAUAUACCUGGCUUACCGCAACUUCAUGAUUGACACCUAUCGCUUAAACCCUCAAGAGUACUUGACCAGCACUGCCUGCAGGAGGAAUCUGACUGGAGACGUGUGCGCUGUCAUGAGAGUACAUGCCUUUCUGGAGCAGUGGGGUCUCAUUAACUACCAAGUGGAUCCUGAAAGCCGUCCCAUGGCCAUGGGGCCCCCCCCCACUCCUCACUUCAACGUGCUGGCUGAUACGCCCUCUGGACUUAUGCCUCUCCAUAUCCGCACUCCGCAGGUUCCAGCUGCUCAGCAGAUGUUGAGUUUUCCUGAGAAAAACAAGGAGAAGCCUACUGAUCUGCAGAACUUUGGACUCCGCACAGACAUUUACUCAAAAAAGACUUUAGCAAAGAGUAAAGGUGCAAGUGCUGGAAGAGAAUGGACAGAACAAGAGACAUUGCUGCUAUUAGAAGCUCUGGAGAUGUACAAAGAUGACUGGAACAAAGUCUCGGAGCACGUUGGGAGCCGCACCCAAGAUGAGUGCAUUCUCCAUUUUCUGAGACUCCCGAUCGAAGACCCCUAUUUGGAGAACUCCGAUGCAUCCCUGGGCCCGCUGGCUUACCAGCCCGUACCUUUCAGCCAGUCUGGCAAUCCGGUGAUGAGUACCGUUGCUUUUCUGGCAUCGGUGGUGGAUCCCCGGGUGGCGUCAGCCGCGGCGAAGGCCGCCUUAGAGGAGUUCUCUCGAGUCAGAGAGGAGGUACCACUGGAGCUCGUUGAAGCUCAUGUAAAGAAAGUACAGGAAGCAGCAAGAGCCUCUGGGAAGGUGGAUCCAACAUACGGACUGGAGAGCAGCUGCAUUGCCGGAACAGGUCCAGAUGAGCCGGAGAAAAUCG